AUGCCUUCUAUGUCCAAAUUCGCACGGCAGUCCGUGCUUGGUCUGUCCAUGCUGGCAGCCUUGGUGCAAGCCAAACCCUUUGACUACGGCGCCAACAAGGUCCGUGGUGUCAACCUCGGAGGGUGGCUAGUGUUGGAGCCUUGGAUCACUCCCUCUGUCUUUGAUGCAGCUGGUAAUGCAGCUGUGGACGAGUGGUCUCUUUGUCAGACCCUGGGACAGGACAAAUGCCGUACAGUUCUAGCAGACCACUGGGAGAAGUUUAUCACUGCCGACGAUUUCAAGCAGAUUGCUGGUGCUGGAAUGAACCAUGUUAGAAUCCCAGUUGGAUACUGGGCCAUCGAGCACCUUUCAGGUGAUCAAUAUGUUGACGGCCAACUGGAAUACCUGGACAAGGCCAUCGGCUGGGCCCGUUCCUCCGGUCUGAAAGUCAUUCUUGAUCUGCAUGGCGCUCCCGGCUCCCAAAACGGCUUUGAUAACAGUGGAAAGCGCGGUGCAAUCAAUUGGCAGAAAGGAAACACCGUCGACGACACAAAGUCUGCUCUGAAGGCCCUUGCAGCCCGCUACGGCGGAGACAGAGAUGUUGUGACUGCUAUCGAGGCUUUGAAUGAGCCCAACAUCCCAGGAGGAGUCAAUCAGGAUGGUCUCAAACAAUAUUACUAUGAUGCAUGGGGUGUCAUUCGCGAGGCUAGCCAAGAUACCACACUUGUCAUGCACGAUGGUUUCAUGCCCACCGAAUCAUGGAACGGAUUUAUGGGCGCGUCAUCUGGUGUAUUCUACGUGAUGAUGGACACCCACCACUACGAGGUCUUCGACAGUGGUGUGCUCGCCCAAGAUACCAAGGCCCACGUCAAGAACGUCUGCGAUUUCUCCAAGCAACACAUCCAGACUGGUGAUAAGUGGGCUGUUGUCGGUGAGUGGACUGGUGCCAUGACCGACUGUGCCAAGUAUCUCAACGGAAAGGGUCUUGGUGCUCGCUACGAUGGCACCUUCCCCAACACCUCAAAGAUUGGUAGCUGUGCCGGAAAGUCUACCGGCACUGUGGCUGCACUGCCCCAGGCCGACCGAGACAAUCUGCGUCGUUUCAUUGAGGCACAACUCGAUGCCUAUGAGAAGGGUACCGGCUGGCUCUACUGGACAUGGAAGACCGAGGGUGCUCCCGAGUGGGACAUGCAGCAGCAGAUUGCUGGCGGUGUCUUCCCCAACCCUGUCACUGACCGAAAAUACCCUGGCCAAUGUUAA